ACCCUGAUGUCUUCGACGCACGACGACUACACAAUCGCGUGGAUAUGCGCAUUGCCGCUCGAGGUCGCUGCGGCCCGCGUCAUGCUGAACAGAACCCACAGUCCGCUUCCAAAUCCGUCCACCGAUUCGAAUGCCUACGAACUCGGCGAAUUAGACGGCCACUACAUUGUCAUUACCUGCCUUCCAGCUGGCGUAUACGGAACAGUGGCCGCCGCGAAUGUUGUGUCUCGCAUGCGUUCUACCUUUCCUCGGCUCCAGUAUGGAUUGAUGGUGGGCAUUGGAGGCGGUGUCCCGGGUAAAAACAAUAACAUUCGACUAGGCGAUGUUGUGGUCAGUAAACCAGUUGGACAGCACGGUGGGGUGAUACAGUAUGAUUAUGGUAAGACCGUGGAAGGAGGGAAACUUGAGCCAACUGGCGCCUUAAAUAAACCACCACAGACUCUUUUGACCCAUAUGAGUCAACUAGAGGCGAAAAGAAUUACUAGAAGCGAGGAUCUGAAGAAAAUAACCGAGGAAGCACUGAAACGAAACCCUGACAUAGAAGGAAGGUUUUCCCCCCCAGAGCAGCUUACAGACUUCCUUUUUGAAUCCUCUUAUCAUCAUGUCGCCGGAGAAGGCACCUGUGAAAAGUGUGAUAAAGAACAAUUAGUCAAACGAAAACCACGGGAAACCAGGACACCUUAUAUCCACUACGGGUUGAUUGCAUCGGGAAAUCAGGUGAUAAAGGACUCAGAGACACGAGACCGCCUAGCACUGCAGCAUGGGAUACUCUGCUUUGAGAUGGAAGCCGCAGGCCUCAUGGAUGAGCUUCCGACACUGGUGAUUCGAGGAAUAUGCGACUAUUGUGACUCUCAUAAACAGAAACAAUGGCAAGGAUAUGCAGCCUUAACGGCAGCUGCUUACGCGAAAUUGCUUCUAUCAACAAUUCCGGCACUCCCCAUCGUUAACGUUGAUGUAAAAUUACGUGAAUAUUAUACCAACAAUAAGAUUAAUCGUCUCCGGAUCGAACGCCUCUCUGGAGUUCCGCUGGAUAUGCAGCAAUGCUAUAUCAAUCUUUCAAUAAUAGAGUACAAGCAAAAUGAUCAGAAUAUGCUGCCACAAGAAAAAUCGCUAUCCUCGACAUUCUCACUGCCUAAUCGCCUAAAGUUAAGAGCAGGUGAUCCCGAAAAGGAGGUCACACUUCCACAACUCUUCCACGAGCGGAAACUGUUAGAUAACCGAAACGCGCAACCCCGACGGAUCCUAAUCCGAGGGCGGGCAGGUGUUGGAAAGACGACACUUUGCAAGAAGAUUGUCCACGACUUUCUACACGAACAGAUGUGGGCAGACCUUUUUGAUCGCAUCAUAUGGAUACCUUUGCGAAGACUUAAGGGGAUGUCAGACUUGGAUGAAUUUUUCCAUCAGGAAUUCUUUAAAGAUAAAGCAGAGCGCAAGGGUUUAGUUACAAAACUCCGGAAAACAGCUUUGGAUCAAACCCAUAAGAAGAAAACUCUCUGGCUAUUGGAUGGCCUUGACGAAGUUUCAGGAUAUCGCAAUCCUUCCGGAGCCGACCUGACUGAAAUAUUUAAUAGCUUAUUAAAUGAAGACAAUGUGAUCAUCACAUCCCGUCCACAUGCCGUGAAGCUUUCCGGCCUGACUCCUUUUGACCUGGAGUUAGAGACAGUUGGGUUUCACCCUAGACAAGUGCAAGCUUACUUAGCGAAAGCCAUGACGGAUCUAGAUACUUUUAACCAGAUCUCUUCGUUUAUUCAGAGCCAUUGGCUGAUUCAGGGCCUGGUUCGAAUACCCAUCCAGCUCGAUGCAUUAUGCUAUAGUUGGGAUAACGACUUCCGUUCUGGUGCUGUGCUACAAACCAUGACAGCAGUAUACCAGGCUAUUGAACUAAAGCUAUGGAAAAAGGACAUCUUAAACCUUGAGAAGAGAAACAAUACUGGGCACAAUGGUGGAACGGCAGUCCGAAAACUGCGGACGCGCUUGCAGAUUGAGUCACAACACAUGACACCAGAGAUGAAAUUUCUAGAAUGUCUUGCCUUUACAGGAUUGUACGGCGACAUCAUUGAAUUCCAUUCAGGUCAUCGUGAUUGGCUAUAUGAACAACCGGAAUUUUGCAAGAUGUCUGAUGAUGUCCUUGACCGACUCUCUUUUCUGCGCACAUCAGAUGCAUCAGACCAGGAUAAGAGUUAUCAUUUCUUACAUCUUACUUUCCAGGAGUUUUUUGCUGCCCAAUAUUUCGUCCGGUGUUGGAGAUCGGAAUCCAGAGAACUACUUGUCUAUCUCAAACCAGGCCAUGCAAGGGAAAACUGUAAAGCGGAAAUACCACUUGAGAGGUUCCUUCGAGAAGAAAAGUAUAGUGGCCGCUAUGAUGUGUUCUGGAGGUUUGUUACGGGGCUGCUAUAUAGUAUUGACAAACAACAAGUAUGCUCAUUCUUUGAAAAAAUGGAGGAGGAGCCACGAGAUUUACUCGGCUCCGCACAUCAGCGGCUACUUAUGCACUGCUUCAGCGAGGUACCUCUAUUAGAAGACUCGGGACUAGCGAAAAGCAGCAAUGAUUCCUUGUUGGAUCUUCGAGAAAAAAUGGAACUUGGAUGUAUACAAUGGUCUCACUAUGAGGACUUUUCACUUGAGGAAAUGCGUCUCUGCAGUGAAACUGAGUUUCCAGAGCAUAUUCUAUGCAAAUUACUUCAAGAAAAUUCCUUGCAAAGAGAGAGGUCCUGCACAAAAAAGAUUCUCAGAGCAUUGGCCCAUCGGUGGCAUAUGUCGUUCAAUCUCAUGGGUAUAGUCGCAAAUUUUAUUGGUGACAGUGACUCGGAUGUGAGGCGCGCAGCUAUUGAAGCCUUAAGCACACAAUCUCCCUGGUCACCUGACAUCCUCGAGGCUAUGAUACGCCGGCUAGAGAACGACGGAGACUCGCAUGUGAGGCACGCAGCUAUUAAGGCCUUAGGCACACAAUCUCCUUGGUCACCUGACAUCCUCGAGGCUGUGAUACGCCGACUAGAGAACGAUAGAGACUCGCAUGUGAGGCACGCAGCUAUUGACGCCUUAGGGACACAAUCUCCUUGGUCACCUGACAUCCUUAAGGCUGUGAUGCGCCGGCUAGAGAACAAUGGAGACUGGCGUGUGAGGCACACAGCUAUUAAGGCCUUAGGCACACAAUCUCCUUGGUCACCUGACAUCCUCGAGGCUGUGAUACGCCGACUAGAGAACGAUGGAGACAGGCGUAUAAGGUGCGCAGCUAUUAAUGCCCUAGACACACAAUCUCCUUGGUCACCUGACAUCCUUCAGGCUGUGAUACGCCGGCUAGAGAACGAUAAAGACUGGUAUGUGAGGCGCACAGCUAUUGAGGCCUUAGGCACACAAUCUCCCUGGUCACCUGACAUCCUCGAGGCUGUGAUACGCCGGCUAGAGAACGAUAGAGACUCGCAUGUGAGGCACGCAGCUAUUGAGGCCUUAGGCAGACAAUCUCCCUGGUCACCUAACAUCCUCGAGGCUGUGAUGCGCCGGCUAGAGAACGAUGGAGUCUUGUAUGUGAGGCACAUAUCUAUUCAGGCCUUAGGCACACAAUCUCCCUGGUCACCUGACAUCCUCGAGGCUGUGAUACGCCGGCUAGAGAACGAUAGAGACUGGGGUGAGAGGCACGCAGCUAUUGAGGCUAUUGAUGCCUUAGGCACACAAUCUCCCUGGUCACCUGACAUCCUUCAGGCUGUGAUACGCCGGCUAGAGAACGAUAAAGACUGGUAUGUGAGGCGCACAGCUAUUGAGGCCUUAGGCACACAAUCUCCCUGGUCACCUGACAUCCUCGAGGCUGUGAUACGCCGGCUAGAGAACGAUAGAGACUCGCAUGUGAGGCACGCAGCUAUUGAGGCCUUAGGCACACAAUCUCCCUGGUCACCUGACAUCCUCGAGGCUGUGAUACGCCGGCUAGAGAAUGAUGGAGACAGGCAUAUAAGGCGCGCAGCUAUUCAGGCCUUAAGCACACAAUCUCCUUGGUCACCUGACAUCCUCGAGACUGUGAUACGCCGGCUAGAGAACGAUAGAGACUCGCAUGUGAGGCACGCAGCUAUUGAGGCCUUAGGCACACAAUCUCCCUGGUCACCUGACAUCCUCGAGGCUGUGAUACGCCGGCUAGAGAACGAUAGAGACUCGCAUGUGAGGCACGCAGCUAUUGAGGCCUUAGGCACACAAUCUCCUUGGUCACCUGACAUCCUCGAGACUGUGAUGCGCCGGCUAGAGAACGAUGGAGACUCGGAUAUAAGGCGUGCAGCUAUUAAUGCCCUAGACACACAAUCUCCCUGGUCACCUGACAUCCUUGAGGUUGUGAUACGCCGACUAGAGAAGGAUGAAGACUCAGAUGUGAGGCGUGCAGCUAUUCAAGCCUUAGGCACACAAUCUCCCUGGUCACCUGACAUCCUCGAGACUGUGAUGCGCCGGCUAGAGAACGAUGGAGACUCGUAUGUGGCGUCCAAAAUAGAAGCUCUAUUAUGGAAACAUGAUGAGUUCCUUUUCCCUUUCUUCGACUUGAAUGCUAAUGCUACCUCAGCGUUGUGCAAAAUUUGGGCUCAAAGAAGUAUCCAUGAAAUCUUUGCCUGCUAUGUUCGUGAUGGAAAUGCAUGUUUUGAGACAUCGGAUGGGCGAAGGUCAAUACCUUUGUCUGAGGGAAAAAUAAAGUUGCUUAAGCGUAUAUUAUGGGCUGAAACUGUUAACAGCCCAAUCUUACGUUUGGUUUAUAGAGUUAGAUUCCCAUUUGCUUCCUUGGAAAGCUAGUCAGCAAGGCUUUUACUUAUUUUCAAAAGAAGGGCCUGGGAUAACAUCUAAAUUUAUUCU